AAAUCGCAAAAAUAAAAGAAAUAUUUUUUCCUCUCCACGAUUAAUAUUAAACAAUAACAAAAAUUCCAAAUAUUUAUAAACAAAAUAAGCAAACGUAUGUGAAUAUUGGUAAUAAGUUGGUUAAAUGUGCAAAUAAAAAGAAAUAGUUAAAAGAAUUUUGCAAAUGAAAUGAACGAAUUCUAUACGUAAGAUUGAAAAUUUUACAAACCCCCGAGGAGGUAAUUGAUUGUCACAUCAUACCCCACUUACAUACAAUACUUUUUUUAUUAUAACUCAACACAAUACUAGUGAAAAUAAUAAAAAAAUAACACAAACAAUAGGAAGGCGAGCGAUUCGUCAUCGAUUUACCAAAAAGGUUGAAAAAGGAAUACAUUUUUUUUAAAUUCCUACAAUAUUCCCUAUAAUUACUAAUGUAUACAAUGUAAAACAAUUAUAAUGUGGUAAACAUGUUUAAAAUAAUGCAAUUUGCAAUGUUUAAUUUGAAAUAAUAGAAAAUAAAAGUGAAUAAUUUGCAUAUUAAGAAAAACUUCUCCGUCUCUUCUUGAGACCUCUAGAAAUUCAUUUAUUGUCAUUUACGCCAUAUAUACGAACAUGGAUGAUAAUUUAAGUACGAAAUCCUCGGAAUCAUCUAUAACCACAAGUGGAGAAUAUGAAAUUGUUACCGAUAGCAAUUUAACAACACCACUUGAUAUACAACCAUCAUUGGAUAUUGCCAAUAAUCGUAAUAUUUCGGAUAUACAAAAUGCUAUGACUGAUGCUUUAAAAGAGUUGGAAUCUGAGAAAUCAGGGGAAGUAAGUAGUGGUCUGGGUGUUUCGAAUAAUAUAAAUCUUAAGAAUAAAUCGCUUACAUUGCCCUUAAUGGGCACAACGAGUCCAGCAUUGUUAGUACCACACGAUAAAUCGACAACAGCUACAGUUUUAGCGAUGAAAACUCAAACAAUACCACCACGUUUAGCUGUCAAAGAUGUCACCACCGCUAACAACAGCAAUAACACACCAACACCUAAAAGUGAUGAAUCGAAUUCAGAACUAAAUCGUGUUGGUCAAUCGGUAUUUUAUGAUUGUAUUGAUGCGAAUACUGGUGGGAAUAUGUCCGCAAAUAUGACAGUGCGUACAAGCGGAGAUGGCGGAGGUGUUGAUUUGGAUGAGAAACAAGAUGUUAUGAAACCCGAAAGAAAUGAUACCGAUGAAGAAAUUUCCGAAAUAGAUCAAGGUUGCACCAUAUUUUCUGGUGUCACCUAUUUGGGUGCAGCCAAUAUAAAUGCUCCGAAAUCAGAGCUGGAUGUUUAUCGUAUAAUGAGUGAACUAAAUAAUGGCACUGCUUCGAAUGGUCUCAAAAUUUCCAUUAGUAUACCGAAUUGUUCGGAUGGUUUGGUUGUAUUGCAUGAUGCCGAUAGUAAUACAAUAAUAGCCACUUAUGAAAUACAAAGUAUUAUAUUGUAUUUUCGUGGACCUAUUGAGACAGUGGAACAUGGAUGUUUUGCUUUUACCUGGUUGCAUGGUGAUUCUUUAUUUCAGUGUCAUGUUUUUCGUUGCCAUAUACCCGAAGCGGUUAAUCAAGUUAGCGCCUGUUUCCAAAAGGCCUUUCAGACUUAUCCACCUAGCAUGACUUGUAGUCUUACCUCUGCUGUGGACAGUAAUAUGAUGAAUUCCAUAACAUCGGAUAUAAGUGGUAAUCCCUUAAAUACAGCCGGUUAUGAAUUUUUAGUUUCUUUGGAGAUACGCGAAAAGGUGGCUAAAAACUCCUAUACACCAGUGCCCCGUGAUCGUCAUUGUUUUAAAUUAAGGGCCAAUACAGAUAAAGAAGUCUAUAUAACCGUCAAGCAAACUCCCUCGACUGUUUUACAGCCCUUAUUGAUUGAACGUUGUUUUGGUGUAUUAUUAAGUCCCGGCAAGCUGGUGAGACAAGCUGAUAUGCAAUUGAUUGAUAUGAUAACCAUGGGCUAUAUACAACCAACGUCAGCUGCUGCUUCCAGUGCAAGUGGCAAUGGCAGUAAUAUAACGGCUGCAGCUAAUGGUGAUGCUCCUGCUUCACUAACACCGUUAUGUUUAAAUCCCUAUCAUAUUCGUGCAGAAUGGAAGGCUGGUGAAAAAGCUUUUGAACAAUUUAAUGUGGAAACUUCUAAGACUUUCUUAACUGUGGCCGUUGAUAUAGUUAUACGUGGCAUACAGGAGCCCGUAAGAUUUGUUAUGGAAACUCCUGUUAGCAUACAGUCUGCUAGUGAAUUGCGCAUAAUGGAUCAUUUUAUUUCAAAGCGUCCCAUGACUUUGCGUUUCUAUUUACACUUGAAACGCACUACGGAUGAGUAUAGCUGGAAGGUCAGCUCUAUAGAUCCCUCUGAAGAGAUAACCGAACCACCACAACAGUCAACAUCUUCUUCAUAUUUACUUAAAUUUGGCAUGAAUAAUUUGUCACGUAUAGUACGCUCCGCUUCGAUUGCCUCGAUUGAAGAUGACUGUCCCACUGAUCCAGAAGAUUUGUCAGAUGGCGAUGAACCAUUAUUGAGUGGUACUGGUGAAGUUUCUAAAGAUUGCUCACAAGAUACUCUAGACGAAUGGGAUCCGGUACUUAAGGAAUGGGAUGGUGAGAAACGUCCCAAAAAUCUAGCGCCUUUAGUACGUCUUGGAGUACCGGAGGCUUUGCGUGAAAUGAUUUGGAAGAAAUUGGCGGGAGUAGAAAAUAAAACCGAAAUGCUCGAUAUGUAUAAGAAUUUAAUAACCAAAGAAACCAAAUGUGAAACUGUUAUACAGCGCGAUAUACAUCGCACAUUUCCAGCUCAUAAAUGCUUCAAAGAAAGUGGUGGUUCCGGUCAAGAUGCUCUUUUUAAAGUAUCCAAAGCCUAUGCGGUAUAUGACAGUGAAGUGGGCUAUUGUCAAGGUUUGAGUUUUAUAGCUGCUAGUUUAUUGCUACACAUGCCCGAGGAGGAUGCUUUUUGUGUUUUAGUAUCUUUAAUGUAUGACUACAGUCUACGUGAUCUCUAUAAACAAGGCUUUGAGGUGUUAUAUCUACGUCUUUAUCAACUGGAACGUUUAAUUAAAGAUCAUUUGCCCAAACUUUAUGAACAUUUCCUAAAUUGUGGCAUUGAAACUCAUAUGUAUGCUUCGCAAUGGCUUUUGACUCUAUUCACAGCUCGCUUUCCUCUAUGUUUUGUAUUCCAUGUACUCGAUGUAUUCCUUUUGGAUGGUAUUCCUCUACUAUUUCAAGUUGCUCUCACUUUACUAUCGAUAUGUGAAAAUGAUUUGCGCCAAUUAGAUUUUGAGGGCAUUCUCAAAUAUUUCCGUGUUACUUUGCCCAAAAAAUGUCGCAGUUCUAGCCAGGCUAGACGUAUUAUGAAAAUGGCUUGUGAUCGUAAGAUUAAAAAGUUAAAACAAUAUGAAGAUGAAUUUAUGCAAAAAAAACAGAAUGAAGAGCGCAUAGAGAAAGAGGCUCAAAUUUAUGAGAAUCGUUUUGGCGGUGAAAGACGCAAGUUACAGGGGGAGAUAAAUGAGUUGCAACAGAAAUUAGCUGAAGCUAAUGAACGUGCCAUUGAGAAGGAGAAGAAACAUACGGGUAUUAUACAGGAUUAUAAGCAAAUUAUACAACGUUUAGAGCAGGAUAUGACGACAUUGAAUGAGACUUUGGGAGCAGUGAUGACCACUGUAUCCAAAUGUCAAAAUUGUUCACAACACAUUGAACAGGACAACCACGCUAACAGUGUGACAACAACAACAAACACCAAUGAUAAUAUGUCUCUAGCAAACAGUAAUAAAAAUGCUAAUGAACCACCAUUGGGACCAUUAGAUCCCCUGCACUCAGCCCUGCAACGUAUACGUGAGCUAGAAUUAGAAUUGGCACAAGCUAAACUGGCUCAAGUAGAAGCCGAAUGUAAAAAUCAAGAUUUAAAUCAUCAAUUAAGUACGACUAUAACUGAAAUGCAAUCAAAUCGUAAUAGUUGGCAACCAUGGUUUUCGAAAACUUUAAAUACGUUACAAGAGAAAGUCUCAACGCGUGGCAAUCGGGAUGCACAAACAACAGCGACAUUUCAGUCAUAUAUGUCGGCAACAGGAAGUGAAUCGAAUUCGCCAUCAGGUCAUCAGGAAUUUAAAGCAUUUUCUGUUACCAGCUCACCUAAAAUGCCAGUUAAAUUUCAAACAGCACGUUUACGCAGUAGUAUUGAUAGUUUACGUAAUAUAGUGGUUCCUUUGGAAAAUUCUGGUAAAAAUUUAUUAAAUGAAACCUUAAAACAACAUCAACAACAACAGCAACAGCAGCAGCAACAGUAAAUUCAUAUUUAAUAAGCAUACAGCAAACAAAAGUAACAUUCCACACUGAAACAUAGAUUGAAAACAUAAAAAUUUUGCAGACAGACAGUCAAACAUACAAACAUUGAAAACUAUGUACUAGUACACUUAAGGGCAAUAUUUAAUAAAUGUGAUUAAGUAAUUCAAUUCUCUCCAAUAACCACCAUUAUAAUAAUAAAACAUUAACAAAGCUGUUAGAAGGUAUGAAAUAUUUAACAAAAAAUUAUUAAAAUAUCUAGAAAUAUAUUGUAUAUUAAGGCUUAAUAAUUUGUUUUAAAACAACAACAAAAUUAUUGUCCUUUAUUUCCCAGCAGAGUUUUUUUAGUUAAAGUUUAUUAUUUAAAAAAAUUAUUUUCUAAAGAAUUUAAGGAAAAAAGUAAAUAACAAAAAUUUUU